AUGAAAAAUGAGUCCUCUACGACAACCCACAAACGGCGAGCUGGCGAUGAAAUGCCGGAUUCCUUCGUGAAAGGUGAAAUCCAUGAGAAGAAUGUUAUGCUGAGCGCCUUGUGGAGAGUUCAUGGAAUCUACCGUUUCGAACUGCUGCCGGACAACACGACAGUUGCUGCCGAGGUCUACUGCGUUCAACUGCAAAGACUGGCCGACAAGAUCCGCAAGGAGCACCCAAAGCUCGACAACGUUCGCCUGCUGCACGAGACGCGCGCCCUCACAUUGCGAAGAAGACUUCCCAGAAAAUUCUGGACCUCGGAUGGGAAAUUCUACCGCACCCACUGUACAGACCGGACCUGGCCCCGAACGACUUCCACCUCUUCCGAUCGCUUCAGCAUCAGCUGGAAGAAAAGCGCUACGGUGAUCGUGACCACCUUGAAAAUGACCUUCGGGCUUUCUUUGCCUCCAAUUCGCCGGAGUUCUACGCCAAAGGAAUCCGUGAUCCCGUGA